AUGGCUUCUACUUCAUACACAAUAGUUCCCCGUAGUUCACGCAGGAGUUCACUUUUAGUAGAAAUACCAACUUUGCAUGUUUAUUAUGACUGUUGGAAUUGUUCCUGUGUGUGUGAGUAUUGUGGGGCGUAUUUUUGGUAUCAAGAGAGAGCAUUGUAUUUAUCCCAAGCCAAUCAUCCACGAUAUACGAAAUGUUGUAAUUUGGGAAAUGUUGUUCUUCCCUACCCUCUUCGUCCGCCUGAAAUGCUUAUGCAAUUUUAUGAAGAUGAUCAUUUUAUGCAUAACAUAAUAGCAUAUAAAUCCAUGUUCUCUAUGACGUCUUUUGGUGCAAAUGAAGAUCACUCAAUCAACAAAGGUCAUGCGCCAUAUGUGUUUAAAGUCAGUGGUCAGAUUUACCAUUGGAUUGGAUCCUUUUGUCCUCAAGAUGUUCAUCAACCUAGAUUUCUACAGUUGUAUAUGUGUGAUACUGAAAAUGAGGUUGCUAAUAGACUUCAUUCUUUUCAUGGUGAGGGUGAAGUACUUUUGUCUGCAGAUGUUGUAGAUUCAUUUAGUCAAAUGUUAAACACACAUAAUGAGUAUAUCCGUACGUUUAAGACUGCAAAAGAAAUUGCUCAGUCAAUGAAUUUAGAUUCAUAUAGUGUGCGGUUAUUUGGUAAUGUACCUGACAGAGGAUAUGGGCCACCGGCCCCUGGAAGUUUGGGUUGUAUUGUUUGUGGUGAUGAUGUUACUGGGGCUGUUUAUGACAUUGUUGUCUAUUCAAAGUCUGGCUCAGUUCGGCGAGUUAGUAAGCUUCAUCCGACAUAUAUGCCUUUGCAGUAUCCAUUACUAUUCCCAUAUGGUGAAGAGGGAUGGUCUCCCACCUUGCAUUUACGGAUUGACUCUAAUAGAAGUUUAACAAAUAAUGUGUAUUACAGUUAUAAAAUUCAUGAUCGACAAAAUUACUCUCUUAUUUUACAUGCACCAUUGCGUUUAGAGUACAUCAGUGGUGUUUAUGAUGCUUUGGACAAAGGCGAUACAGAUAGUCGUGUCAUUGGGUUCAUGUUAAGCCACAAUAUUUCAUCACUUUCACUUGCAAUAUCAAAUGGCCUAAGUAUAGAAGAUACAUGGAUGCUAUUGGUCGGCGUGAUAUUCAAAACAGACCAGAUAUCAUUGCACACAUCUUUAAGAUCAAAGUUCAUGCUUUCAUUAACUUCCUUAAAGAAGACAAAAUUUUUGGAGAUGUCAGUGCAUGUUGCAUUGCCGUUUAAAAUACAGGAAGGUGCAGAUAUUGACAAAUACAUCACCGUUGAGCUUCCUAAUCCCAUACUCGAACCAGAACUAUAUAGGACUGUUACAACAUGCAUGCUACAUGGUCCAUGCGGUUUACUUAAUACAGGUGCCCCAUGUAUGGUAGAUGAUAGAUGUGUGAAACGGUUUCCAAAACCAUUCAACUCAUUAACAACUUUCGAUGAAAAUGGUUACAUGCAUUAUAGAAGACGUGUUGGACCGUAUCAUGUCUUACAAAGUGGUGUUAGAACUGAUAACGGGUAUGUGGUGUCGUACAACAAACGUUUGUGUAGUCGAUUUGAUGCUCACAUCAAUGUAGAAUAUUGUGGUUGGAAUAUGGUGAUUAAGUACUUAUUUAAGUACAUUUCAAAGGGCGUUGAUCGUGUUCGUUUCACUCUUCAAACAUCAGAGGCGAAUACCACUACUUCCUCCUCUACCAUACCUGUCGCUGUGAAUGAAAUCAAGUCAUUUCUUGAUGCUGCAAAACAAUGGAACCCGAUCCAAUUUAUUCAGCUGGUGGUCCGCUUCGACCCGUUAAUAGCCAUGAAUGGCUUUGGGUUGCGUGAUUGUAUCCCCACUGGUUUCUCAACUAAAACCAACAACAAUGGUUAUAAGUUUACAUUUAUUUUCCCAACCGGCAAACGUCGCUCAUACCCGCCUCCGGCAGCUCCUCCACAAGUUGGAAGGUGA